UCCCCGGAAUUAGUCUGGUCGGAGGCGCUCUGGGUGAGGCGUUCGCUCGCCAUCUUCAAUGAUGGCCCGAUUGAUGUUUUCUUUCUUCGACUUCAAAAGAUUGUAUUAUGGGAAAAGAAAAAGUACAUAUGGAAAAGGGACACUGGAGGAUAUAUAGCCAGGAACCUACCUACACGAGGGAGUAUUGUGACUUGUCUGAGUCACCGGCGAAGGAUCACUGCCUCUCCACAGCCCUCAAAGCGCGGCAAAUAGCACUCAUUAGAGCCCAAAGUAGACGGAGACACCGUGGCUCGACUUGAGAAACCGCAAUCGAAGUACUCUAUCGCACGUAAGAAACAGAAACGAGGGACUUGGAGAAGGG